GAGCGGGGGUGGCGGGAUGGUGCUGAACCGGGUGCGGGCGGUUUUCUUCGAUUUGGACAACACGCUCAUCGACACUGCCGGGGCGAGUAGAAAAGGCAUGUUGGAGGUGAUAAAGCUCUUACAAUCAAAAUACCAUUACAAAGAAGAGGCUGAAACCAUUUGUGACAAGGUUCAAGUUAAACUCAGCAAGGAGUGUUUUCAUCCUUCCAGUACAUGCAUUACUGACCUAAGGACUUUACACUGGGAAGAAGCAAUCCAGGAAACGAAGGGUGGUGCGGCCAAUAGGAAAUUGGCUGAAGAAUGUUAUUUCCUGUGGAAAUCUACACGUUUACAGCAUAUGAUACUAGCAGAAGAUGUCAAAGCCAUGCUUACUGAACUUCGGAAGGAGGUCCGCCUACUUUUAUUAACAAAUGGAGACCGACAGACCCAGAGGGAGAAGAUCAAGGCUUGCGCCUGCCAGUCCUAUUUUGACGCUAUCGUUGUAGGUGGAGAGCAGAAAGAAGAGAAACCAGCACCUUCCAUAUUUUAUUACUGCUGUGAUCUCCUCGGAGUACAGCCUGGGGACUGUGUGAUGGUUGGUGACACACUAGAAACCGAUAUACAAGGAGGCCUUAAUGCAGGGCUGAAAGCAACAGUCUGGAUAAAUAAAAAUGGAAUAAUGCCACUGAAGUCAUCCCCCAUGCCACAUUAUAUAGUUUCUUCUGUGCUGGAGUUACCUGCUCUCUUACAAAGUAUAGAUUGUACAGUCAGUAUGUCAACUUAAAGCACAUAAAAGGGCAUGAUGUAUUUUAGGGUCAAAUUAUAGGUUUUGAACUAAGAAAAGCUAAGGCAUUCCAUUUAAGACCCAUUUCUAAGAAUAUUUUUACUUAUGACUUAAUAACCAACCACUGACUGGUAUUCAUAUCUAGAAGUCCAGAAUACAUUAGUUAAUACAAGUUAACUUUUAAUAGUGUAAUCCAGAAAACUUAAGGAAAUAUAUUAUUUGUUAAUCUGUGCUUGAGGUUUUUAAAAAAUUAUUUCAUUAAUCUUGUGGCAUCUUGGAGCCAUGAAGAUACUAAGCAAGAUAGCUUGUAUUUGUAUGCACAAAUACAGGUUUUUGUGUUGUCUUAAAAAUAGAUAUUUUUUUUAAAUAGAUAAUCUAAAACAUAUAUAAUACAGAUUUAUCAGAAUUAGAUCUGAUUAAUAGGAAAUAAGUGCUAAGUCACAUGCCAAUCAAGGCAUUCCAUAAUAAAAUUAUUUUGCAUAUUUUCUUUUUUAAAAUAUAUAUACCAUAUUUUUGCCUACUUUGAAUAUAUACAUUCUUCUAUGAAUCCAGUUUUUCUUCAUGACCUUUUUGGGGGGGCAGUGAGUAAUUUUCCUAUGGUAUAUACAUGACAAAGAGAUUUUUCCACUAAAAAAGCUGUUAAAGUCAGCAUGUGGUGCUCCUUUUCCAUGACAUUUUCACAUAGUGAAAAUGCACAUAGUGAAAAGUGCACAAGAGUGCACUUGUAGGUUCUUACUAGUCUUUCCCUCUUACAGAAGUAUUUUUAUAAUCUUUUCCCACAUACACAUUAUGGUUCAGGGGACUAGACUCUCUGGCUGGGCAUAAGUAUAAGCCACAUGGCAACAAAAGUCAUUUUCCUUCUGUGGAUACCUCAGAGGUGCAACCUAACCAUGUAGCACUCCCAUAAAUUCUGUCUUAACUGAAUAGUUUCACCCAUACAAUGAAAGCUAAUAAAAAAUUAUGUUUUGCUAUGAAUAAUUUCAGGGUGCCAUUCUAAUACAAUUUAAAUGGCUCUUGGUGUUAACCAUCUGCCUUACAUCCGCUGUUUUUCAAAUUUUAGGAAGGAUAUCCUCUCACAAUUUCUAUAUCCAACUCAGUGUUCACUUUGAGCUUAUUAAUUAAUGACUAAGGCAUCUUGCAACUAGAAAACCUUUUCUAGGCUGUGAAGCUAGACAGUGUCGUGUCUUCACCAACUUGGAAUAAAAUGGCUAAUUAAGGAAAAAAGAAAAUAUGAUUUGGGUUGGUUUUUGGCAGGUUUUUUUUUUUAAACUUUUGUAUAAGAAGGUACCAAUGUAAAAUAUUAGACUGUUAGAAUAUGUAUAGCUAUGACUCCUUUAAAUAUCCUAUGAUUAUGAUACUUAGAUUCUGGAGUAUGGCUAUCCUUAACUUACUUCUUUAACUCCUGCCUAUUGCCAAGAACAGGAUUCUCUGCUUUUGUGCAAUUGUCCUGUUGUAUUUACUUUUCACUCUUAAUUUUUAAAACUGUGACUGUACCGUUGACAGUCCCAGGGUGUUGUUGCUAUGAAGCUAAACAUUCGUGAACAGGGUAUGUUUGUGUAUAGUUCCAGGCAUGGUGCUCAUGUGACCUUGAUUAUAUUUUAGCUAUUUAAAAAUUAUUAAAUUGGAAGAUCUAGGCAGAAAAGUAAUUACAUGUGUGGUUUCUCUAAUA